CAUUGUCCUGGGUUUUGUCUAGAUGAGUAUUUCUUGUCAAGGUCACGCAGUGGGAGAAGUACAAGCGUGGCUACUACGUUCUGUUGGUCUGGGCAAGCCUCCUAAGCCUGGGGAGAAUUCCCUUGGACUCCACCUUCUAAAUAUACAAGCAUUUUGGGAGUGAGACUCAGAAAUCGGCCUUUUAAGCAGACCUUGGGGCAGUUUUUAGCUGACUUAAAUGAGUAUUAACUGCCCUAGAUUGUAGCUCAUAUGUCCUAUAGCUGGCCUUUGAAAGGAUUUUUAAAUAAAAAAAAAUAUAAGCAGUGAUACUCCCUACAAACAUAAUUUGGAAAUUUUAUUUUGAUACUACAUGAAAUAUGAAAUUGAGGACAACAUUUAGGAUUUCCCAGGUGACAGAGCUGAAUGAACCUCUAUCUAAUGAAGAUCGAAAUCUUCUCUCUGUGGCCUACAAGAAUGUAGUUGGUGCCAGGCGAUCUUCUUGGAGGGUCAUUAGUAGCAUUGAGCAAAAAACCAUGGCAGAUGGAAAUGAAAAGAAGUUGGAGAAAGUUAAAGCUUACCGGGAGAAGAUUGAGAAGGAGCUGGAGACAGUUUGCAAUGAUGUCUUAGCUCUGCUUGACAAGUUCCUCAUCAAGAACUGCAAUGAUUUCCAGUAUGAGAGCAAGGUGUUCUACCUGAAAAUGAAGGGCGAUUACUACCGCUACUUGGCAGAGGUGGCUUCUGGGGAGAAGAAAAACAGUGUGGUUGAAGCUUCUGAGGCCGCAUACAAGGAAGCCUUCGAAAUCAGCAAAGAGCACAUGCAGCCAACACACCCCAUCCGGCUUGGCCUGGCCCUCAAUUUUUCUGUGUUCUACUAUGAGAUCCAGAAUGCACCAGAGCAGGCCUGCCUCUUAGCCAAACAAGCCUUUGAUGAUGCUAUAGCUGAGCUGGACACAUUAAAUGAGGAUUCCUAUAAGGACUCCACUCUCAUCAUGCAGUUGCUGCGAGACAACCUCACCCUCUGGACGAGCGACCAGCAGGAUGAAGAAGCAGGAGAAGGCAACUGAAGACCCUUCAGAUCCCUGGCCCUUCCUUCACCCACUCCCCCCAUCAUUACUGAUUCUUCCUUGCCACAAUCACUAUAUCUAGUGCUAAACCUAUCUGUAUUGGCAGCACAGCUAUUCAGAUCUGCCAUCCUGUCCCUUGGGAAGCAGUUUCAGAUAAACCUUCAUGGGCAUUUGCUGGACUGAUGGUUGCUUUGAGCCACAGGGCAUUCCCUUUUGAAUUGUGCAGAGAAGUGUGUUCUGAAUGAAGCAUUUUAUUAUGUCUGUGGAUCUCUGGCAAAUCUAGGUGAUGGUAAUUGAGUGUAGAAAGGAGAAUUAGCCAACACAGGCUAUGGCUGCUAUUUAAACAAGCUGAUAGUGUUCUGUUAAGCAGUACAUCUUGUGCAUGCAAAAAUGAAUUCGACCCUCUCACCCCUUCCUUCAGCUAAUGGAAACUGACACAGCGACACCUUGUUCCUUCACCAUCAGCUUUAUAGACUGUUUACCGUGAGCUUUCAGCAGCCCUUGCUGUGCCUCUUGAAGUGAUGACGUGCGCACACUUUCUUUUCAAUGCAGUGCAUCAGAAGUUUUGAUAUGUGUAACUUUUUUUUUUUGGUUGUGAUUAAGAAUCAUGGAUUUAUUUUUUGUAACUCUUUGGCUAUUGUUCUCGUGUAUCCUGACAGCAUCAUGUGUGUCAACCUGUGUCAAUCAUGAUGGGUGGUUAUGAAAUGCCAGACUGCUAAAAUAAAUGUUUUGGACUUAAAAGAGUAAAUAAAUGCUGCUUUGGGGAUAUUA